UCUCUAUCUCCCCUCUCCAUCUCAGGACACAUGGGAAAAGAAGCCCCUCUUAAUCCGCGUCAGAAUCCAGACUACUACAAUGGACUCUUUUCCACGGCAGAGUUCGACCUGCAUUUUGAGAGAGGAUGACGUCCAGUAUGGAGUGAACCUGGACGUCACCAGCUACACCAAUGGCAAGAGGGACACGCACAACCCCCCAGGCCGGGCGCUGCCCUUCAGCGUGUGGGACUUCUACUCGAGUGGCUGCUCCCUGCGCAUGCUGAACCCCCAGGCCUUCUCCUCCACAGUAUGGAACUUCCUCUCCAUCCUCCAGGAACAGUUUGGCAGCAUGGCCGGGGCCAACGUGUAUCUGACUCCUCCCGGAACCCAAGGCUUCGCCCCACACUAUGAUGACAUUGAAGCCUUCGUGGUUCAGCUGGAGGGAAAGAAACACUGGCGAGUGUACAACCCAAGGUCCUUGGAAGAAGUAUUGCCAGUUACUUCGAGCCCCAACUUCAGUCAGUCAGAGAUCGGGAGCCCAGUGCUGGAGGUGGUCUUGGAGGCCGGGGACCUGCUCUACUUCCCACGCGGGUUCAUCCACCAGGGAGACUGCCUGCCAAACUCCCACUCACUCCACGUCACCGUCUCCUCCUUCCAGAGGAACAGCUGGGGAGACCUGCUCGCCAAGCUGGUGCCUGCGGCCCUUGGGGUAGCGAUGGAGGAGGAUGUGGAGUACAGGCAGGGCUUGCCACUGGACUACCUGACGUACAUGGGCGUACAAAAUUCUGACAAGGAGGACCCACGGCGAGAGAAGUUCCUGUCCCGUAUGGGCGGCCUGAUGAACAAGCUGGCCGGCUACGCACCGGUGGACGCCGCUGUAGACGAGAAGGCCAAGGAGUUCCUCCACGACUGCCUGCCUCCAGCACUCACUCCAGAGGAACAGGCCAGCAGUGUUCAAGGCUCCUCCACUAGGUGGGGGAAUGGGAGGCCUUUGAAUGUCGGCGCUAACAUCAACAGCCAGACCCGGGUGCAACUCAUUCGCGCUGGUUGUGCCAGGUUGUGUAGUGAUGGGGAGGUCAUCGAGUUGUACUACACUACGGACAACUCCAGAGUAUACCAUAAAGAGGAGCUCAAGAGUUUUGAAAUCAAAACAGAGUGUGCGGACGCUGUUGAGUUCCUGAUCCACGCGUACCCCAAGUUUGUGUCGGUGCGAAGUAUUCCAUGUGACUCGGUUGCAGAAAGGAUUGCUUUGGCUGAGCUGCUGUUUGAGAAAGGGAUUAUCCGCACUGCAGAGCCUCUCUAGUGUUGGACACGGUUCCCACAGUUCUGGCCUCCAACACAUUUUGACUGGAUUCCAGUUUCAGCUUUGAACCUAUAUCAAUAAAUCUGCGAUACAAAACAUCUCUGGCAACUAUUAGUCUCUCCGCUAUACUGCAGUAGACGUAAAAAGAAUGUCUAAUUAAUGCUUUGUAUUAAAGGAUGGGAAUGAUUGUCGCAUGAAAAGCAAAAAAACCUUGCAAGAAAAUAAAAAUGAUUGACCAUU